CGUUUACGGAGUAGUUAUUACCUGAAACGACGGCCAAUUGCGCUCAUUGCCUCUUUUGGCCACCUUCCGACUGAUUGCCAUGCUCGGACGUUGUCAACCUUGGACUUAGCGAAGGUGCGCCAAUUCAUACGGAACCAACAAUCAAGAGGGCGCGCCGACCUUCAUAACACGUGUGGGAUGCUUUCGUUACGACCGACUGGGUCCUUCUUUUAGAAGUCGCUCGCUCUUUAGCAAGUCGCGGCUCCCUUCGUUUGGUAAAAGCGGAAAAGAAAAAAAGGGAAAGAAUCGAUAGCCACAUGCGACAACUUCGCGAUCCACGAUUCUUCUGAGAACAAUGACCAUCUCGGGUGGGGCACAGUCGCCAAACGGAGUCACCAAUGGCUUUCGCCGUGGAAACCAUUUCUUCGAGGACUAUGGCAUCUGGAACGAGGCUCCGGUGCUCAUCGGCACCACCAAGUUUGAGCCCCUCCCAGACGUCCGAAACAUCAUGAUAACGGGUGGCGCCGGCUUCAUAGCAUGCUGGCUCGUCCGGCACCUCACCCUCACGUACCCGCACGCUUACAACAUCGUCUCCUUUGACAAGCUGGACUACUGCUCGUCGCUCAACAACACGAGGGUCCUCAACGACCGGCGCAACUUCACCUUCUACCAGGGCGACGUGACCAACCCGUCCGAGGUCAUCGACUGCCUAGAGCGGUACAACAUCGACACCAUCUUCCACUUUGCCGCGCAGUCGCACGUCGACCUGAGUUUUGGCAACUCGUACAGCUUCACGCACACCAACGUGUACGGCACCCACGUGCUGCUCGAGAGCGCCAAGAAGGUCGGCAUCAAGCGCUUCAUCCACGUGUCGACCGACGAGGUCUACGGCGAGGUCAAGGAUGACGAUGACGACCUGCUCGAGAGCAGCAUCCUAGCGCCGACCAACCCUUACGCGGCCAGCAAGGCGGCCGCCGAGAUGCUCGUGCACUCGUACCAGAAGAGCUUCAAGCUGCCGGCCAUCAUCGUGCGGAGCAACAACGUCUACGGGCCGCACCAGUAUCCCGAGAAAAUCAUUCCCAAGUUCACCUGUCUCCUGAACCGCGGCAAGCCCGUGGUGCUGCACGGCGACGGCUCGCCGACGCGGCGGUACCUCUACGCGGGCGACGCGGCCGACGCCUUCGACACGAUCCUGCACCGGGGCCAGCUGGGGCAGAUCUACAACGUGGGGUCGCAGGACGAGAUCAGCAACCUGGCGCUGUGCCGGAAGCUGCUGGCCGUCAUGGGCCUCCCGCACGCGACGCCGGCGGAGCUCGGCCGGUGGGUGCGGUACACGCACGACCGGCCCUUCAACGACCACCGCUACGCCGUCGACGCGACCAAGCUGCGCAAGCUCGGGUGGGAGCAGAAGACGGGCCUGGAGGAGGGCCUGCGCAUCACGGUCGAGUGGUACCGCCGCUUCGGGGAGCGCUGGUGGGGGGACAUCACCAAGGUCCUGAGCCCCUUCCCGGUGGUGGCCGGCAUGGAGGUGCUGUCCGAUUCCGAGCCCGUCUCGGAACAUCCUCUGCAGACGACGGGCGCGACGGCGACGAUGACGACGACGACGCUGGCGACGACGAGGGCGGAGCAAAGGGCGGACGGGGUCGACGGGGCCAAUGGGCGGCCUGCGAAUGGCCAGGGAGGGCAAAAGUAGCACCAGCAGCAACAGCAUCACGACGCGUAAGAGGGUGAUGACAGCCUCCCUACCACCGCCUACCCCGGGGUGAGGGAGGUUGAGAGUGUGGUGUGCAUGUCGAUUUUUUUUUUUUUUGUUUGCUUCUUACCCAACUAGACC